AUGCAGGCCGUGUCUGACCCCAAAGUCUUUGCUAACAUCACGAUCAUGGAAGACUGUCUGCACCUCAAUAUAUGGAGCCCGCCAGAGCGUUCCCAAAGCGUCGUUCCGGUACUCGCUUGGAUCCACGAUGGCGGCUUCACGCAUGGUUCAUCCGGCAAAGAUGAAAGCAAUGGUGCUGUUCUAGCAGCAAGCACAGGUCUUGUAAUCGUCAGCUUCAACUAUAGACUCGGCUUCUUGGGCUUCUUAGACACGCAGACGACUGAGGCACCGGGCAACGUCGGUCUCCUGGAUCAAAACAUUGCACUCAGGUGGAUCAGGGACAAUAUUGACCAAUACGGUGGUGACGCUUCGAAAGUCACCAUCUUCGGCGACAGUGCUGGUGGUAUGAGUGUCCACGGCCACAUAAUCUCGCCGAUUAGCAAAGGUCUCUUCAUUAGGGCAUGUCUAAUGAGUGGAACUCUUCAUAGCCGCGAUUUCGCUCAGACGGCGAAUGACAGCAUAAGCAAGGGAAACGCUGUCGCUGCAGCAGUGGGCUGUGCGGACCACCACAAGAACUUGACUACGGACCCCGAAUCUGUUGUUGAGUGUCUCCGCUCGAAAAAUGCCUGUGAACUUAUACGAGCCACAAAUUAUAUAUUCAAGCGCAAGCUUUAUCCUUUCCUACCUACGUUCCCCAAUGACUUCCUUCCAGUGGAUCCGAGCACCGCAGCGAAGCAGGGAUUGUUCAAUGCAGCUGAUCUCUUGGUCGGAGUCACCGCUGAUGAGGGCGCAACAGCCCAGCGAUCGCUUCCGAAUGACAUUGACAACCUCGACCGAAAGCAAUUGGAGCACUUGCUUCGAGCUGCUGUCUUCCCCUGGCUCAAGACGAACUUCUCCAAACCGUUGGAUGUGUACAAAGCUGAGGCACCUGACAAUGUGGCGCUGAGGCGAGCUUACGCAGACUACUUAUCCGACUCCGUAUUCGUGUGCCCCAUGCACUUCACAGCUGAGGAUUACUCGAACAGAAGCCAGUCUGUGUACACUUACGUGUUUGGUCAGCUGUCUCGCAAGAAGGCGCUUCCUUCGUGGAUGGGGACACCCCAUACUUAUGAUAUUAGCUACAUGUUUGGUGCGCCCCUUGUUGACCAACAGAGUUAUACCGCCGAAGAUGCCGAAGUGUCUCGAGUGGACAUGACAGCUUUGUCAACCUUCGCUACCACCGGGGUCCCUCAGCUUCCAGCAGGGCACCAGUGGCCGAAGUACACUUCUGACAACCCCGUCUCAGUUUACAUCGCUGGUGACAACAUAAGCGAUGUCUACGGCAUUCGCAUGAACAAGUGCGACAUCUGGAAGUCGUUCUGGAAAAUGUAA